AUGGCGUCCAGACGACUGUUUGGAGGUACCUGGACCUGGGCUGGCUGGCGGCCUCGGGAGCUCCCGGACCCCUCCGCGCUCUGGAGGCUUCUAGUUCGGGAUUAUGCCAGAAAACCAGUCAUGAAGGGCGGCAAAGGCGCAGUCAGCGAGGCUCUGAAGGACCCGGAAGUGUGCACAGACCCCGUCCGGCUCACCACGCACGCCAUGGGUGUCAACAUCUACAAGGAGGGCCAGGAUGUGGUCUUGAAGCCAGACGCUGAGUACCCCGAGUGGCUGUUCCAGAUGAACGUGGGCCCCCCCAAGAAGCUGGAGGAGCUGGACCCUGAGUCCCGCGAAUACUGGCGGCUGCUGCGGAAACAGAACAUCUGGCGCCACAACCGGCUGAGCAAGAACAAGAAGUUCUAG